UUAAUGUUAUAAUAUACAAAUAAAAAGGCAUAUAAGUAAACAUUUAACGAAUCAAGAAGAAAAUUUCCAUAACUGGCACUUGGCGAAAUUUCGGAUUUGUUUACAUCAGAAGAGAGCGUAUGUGCGUCAGAAUAUGGUAAACCUGACAAGUGUUGCAAACCACACAGAUCUGAAAAUGAUGUCAAAUAUUUCAAUUGAAUUAUCUGAUGGAGAAACUGAAAAAAUGGAUGGUACGAGUCCAGCUGAAGUAUUAAGUUUAACAUUUUUUGUACCAAUUUGUUCCCUUCUUAUCUCAAUUGUUGCUUCAGCAUGCAAUUUUUCUACCAGUGUUACAGGUGCUAUUGAAAUGUUUACUGUUAAUCUUAUAUUACUUCUGGCUCUGACAUGUCUAAGUGAGCAUCUGUGGUUUCUUAUUUCCAUCCUCACACUUCUGCUGCUGAUUGCAGUUUUCAGCUGCAUUGACAGAAAAUUUAGUUUGAAUCAGAUUUUUUUCCUGUGGAGGAACAUAAAUGAAAUUUUACCCGAGAAGGAUUUCAGUCGAAAUUUUGUGGGAGAUUAUCGUGGUCAUCUUCUUCUGGCAACUUCUAUUUGUAUCCUUGCUGUGGAUUUCACAUUCUUUCCAGGUCGAUUUGCCAAAACUGAAACUUACGGUUGGUCAAUUAUGGAUGCUGGAGUAGGAUCAUUUGUUCUUGUUCAUGGUCUUUGUUCACCUCAUGCUUGGGAAAGGCCAUCUAAACUAAAAAAUUUUAAAAAGAAUUUAAUCACUUCAUUUCCUUUACUAUUAUUGGGAAUUGCCAGACUAGUUUUAACUACAGCUGUAAACUACCAUAAAGCAGCAUCUGAAUACGGAAUACAUUGGAACUUCUUUUUUACUCUGGCUUUCACAAAGAUCAUAUGCUAUAACAUCCUAACUCUCUGUCCUGCUCAUAGUUCUGGAUUCUUAGCAGUUGUGACUAUUGUUCUGCAUCAGUUAUUGCUCUCACAAAUGGAUUUGACAUUGUUUGUACUCUCUGAUGCUCGGGAUACUUUUAUCAGGGCAAAUAAAGAAGGAAUUGUUUCACUUCUUGGCUUUAUAUCUCUCUACUUUUUUGGUGUACAGCUUGGAUCUCUUCUGUGGAGAAGCCGGUACAAAUUAGCUGAUUAUGCAAAGCUUCUUCUUAUGCUUUGUGGUGUAGGUGUAUGUGGAUGGAUAUUUAUGUAUCUGUCUCAUGUUAAAAUACAGGCAAUCUCCCGAAGAAUGGCUAAUCUAACUUACUGUGUGUGGGUGGUUUCUCUUACAAGUUUACAACUGGCUAUUCACUUAGCACAUAGGCUUAUUUUGGUCUUUGUAAGUAAUUUAUUUAAAAAGAGCUGCACUGAUUUUUUAUUAUGGAAAGCUAUCAAUUAUAAUGGCUUGUUUUACUUUUUGCUUGCUAACAUAUUAACAGGACUUGUCAAUCUCGCAAUAUGGACAGAUGACGCUACUGACAAUGAAUCACUAGCAAUUCUAAUAUUGUAUUUGACAAUUUUGUCAGUAACUGUUGUGAUGUUUUACAAGCAUUCCAUUCAAUUAAAAUUUUAGAUUGUGUGGCAAACAUUUUAAAUAAUUAAUUUAUUCAAAAUGUCCAUUUUUAUUUCUUCACUAUAGACCUAUUUCUAAGCUAACUCUAGACUGCUCAAUCUUUAUCAGUUUUAUGAAUCCAUUUGAUGACAUUCCAUUAUUUUAAUCUCUCAGAAAACCAAUACAGCAAUUUAAAAAAAAAUUGAAACAUUAAUAAUAAAUAAAGAAUUCUUAGUAGAGAAUUUCUUUUAACAUACAGGUAUCCUCUGCUUUGUAAACAUUUGCUUUAUUCCACGUCACUUUCAUGAAUGGUCUAAAAUUAGGAUCUUUUCUGUCAGUGAAAAAUGUCUGAAAAGGAUUUUUACUUUUAUUAAGAAAGGAGAAAGCAAAUAUUAUUUAGCAUUUGCUGUAAAAAAGUAUAACUUUAAUUAUGAAACAGUAUGUUGCUCCAGAGCAGUUUAUAAAGAUAUUUUGACAGCCUAAGAAAAAUUGUGCAACAGGGAGGAAAAUAGCCUAAAUUGAGCUCACUUCUUUAUUUCAAGAUUCUCAUGUCAGCCAGAAUACAAAAUUAAAAAUAACUUUUGGCAUUUGGACAAGCAAACAUUCCAACUGAAUGUUAUGGUCUGAUUGAUAUGAGCACAACACCAUCACUGCUACCACCUUUCAGCAUGUUUAUUAUGGAAGGUAAACUGCAAUAAACAUUUCUUUCUAUUUAUAUGAAUAUUUAAUGUAUCCUUAUUUUUUAGUGAUGUUUUAAACAUUUUUAUGCUGAUUGAUAUGAUUUGAUAAGAUUUUUGGAAGCCUCAAAACAAUCAGAAAUUUUUUUACCUUAUAAAUUCAUGACAAUCAUUUCAUUUUAUGCAUUUGGUAUACAGAAGGUUUUUACAGAGGGGGCUUGACACUGCUAUGGAAAACAGGGUUCGUAGCGGUCCUUAUAAGUCCUUAUAUUUGAAAAUAAAAUAUAAAGGCCCUUAUAGGUGCUUACUUUUUUUCUAAAGCCCUUAUUUUUUGCUUUUAGUGCUUUUUUUUUAA